UUAAGUAUUGGGGCAGAAAUUGCUUUAAACUAGAAGAGAGUAGGACUAGAUGUAGCUUUGUUGCCUGAGAAGGUGGGCAGGCCCUGGCACAGGGUGCUCAGAGCAUCUGUGGCUGCCCCUGGAUCCCUCGCGGUGCCCAAGGCCAGGCUGGACACUGGGGCUUGGAGCAGCCUGGGACAGUGGGAGGUGUCCCUGCCGUGGCAGGGAGUGGAACUGUGUGAACUUUAAGGUCCCUUCCAACACAAACCAGGCUGGGAUUCAGUAAAAUUCUAGUCAUCUCAGAAGCUUUUCAAUAGAAUCCACAUUUUGAAAGGUAUUUCUCUGGGUAGUUCUGGUUUUGAAACACUCUUAUGUCACAUCUUUAGGUAAUCCCUGUAUUUGUUUGGUCAGAGAUUAGCUAAAGUGUCAUGAGGCAGAAAGAGGGAGCAGGGGGUUUUGUUUGUUUUUGUUGAACAUGUAAAAUCCCUAGGAAAGGGUGUGGGUCAAAGCUGCUUUGCAGGAGGUGUCUCGAAGCACAGGGAGGUUUCACUAACAUCAUCUUGUGUUGGACAGGGCUGCCUGCGUUUGAGGCAAAAUGGCUUUCAGUAAAGGAUACCGUGUCUAUCACAAGCUGGAGCCACUUCCCUUCAGCGUGAUGGUGGAAACCAGGAACAGAGAAGAAUGUCUCAUGUUUGAGUCCGGAGCUGUGGCUGUCCUCUCUUCUGCAGAAAAAGACACCAUCAAGAGUACCUACUCCAAAGUCAUGGAUGCCUAUGGGCUCUUGGGUGUGUUAAGAUUAAACCUCGGAGACACCCUGUUACAUUAUCUGGUUCUGGUGACAGGAUGCAUGUCUGUGGGAAAGAUUCAGGACUCGGAAGUGUUCCGAGUUACCUCCACCGAGCUGCUUUCGUUGCGAGCGGACCCCACGGACGAGGAUCGUGUUUCAGAAGUGCGCAAAGUGUUGAACUCCGGGAACUUUUAUUUUGCCUGGUCUGCGACCGGUGCCAGCUUGGAUCUGAGUCUCAGUGCUCACCGCAGCAUGCAGGAGCACAGCACUGACAAUAGGUUCUUCUGGAACCAGUCACUGCAUUUACAUCUGAAGCACUACGGUGUGAACUGUGAUGACUGGCUGUUACGCCUCAUGUGUGGAGGAGUGGAGAUCAGGACAAUUUAUGCAGCUCACAAGCAGGCAAAGGCUUGCCUCAUUUCACGACUAAGCUGUGAACGGGCUGGCACUCGAUUCAACGUCCGGGGAACAAACGAUGAUGGUCACGUUGCCAAUUUUGUGGAAACAGAGCAGGUGAUAUAUUUGGAUGACUCUGUGUCAUCUUUCAUACAGAUUCGAGGAUCUGUUCCGUUAUUUUGGGAACAGCCAGGACUGCAGGUGGGAUCCCAUCGUGUCAGGAUGUCAAGGGGUUUCGAGGCAAAUGCACCAGCUUUUGACAGGCAUUUCCAAACUCUUAAAAAUUUAUAUGGCAAGCAAAUUAUUGUAAAUUUACUUGGGGCAAAAGAAGGAGAGCACAUGCUCAGCAAAGCUUUCCAGAGCCAUUUGAAAGCAUCUGAACAUUCAGCUGAUAUCAAAAUGGUGAACUUCGACUAUCAUCAGAUGGUUAAAGGUGGAAAGGCAGAAAAACUACACAGUGUGCUCAAACCUCAAGUCCAGAAAUUCUUAGAGUGUGGAUUUUUUUAUUUUGAUGGAAAGGAAGUGAAAAGAUCCCAGAGCGGCACUGUCAGGACCAACUGCUUGGACUGUCUGGAUAGGACAAACAGCGUGCAGGCCUUCUUUGGCUUGGAGAUGCUAACAAAACAGCUGGAGGUAUUGGGAUUAGCUGAGAAGCCUCAGUUAGUUACUCGCUUUCAGGAAGUGUUCCGAUCCAUGUGGUCUGUGAAUGGUGAUUCUGUCAGUAAGAUUUAUGCUGGAACUGGAGCCCUUGAAGGAAAAGCAAAGGCUGGAAAGCUGAAGGAUGGUGCUCGUUCUGUGACCAGAACGAUCCAAAAUAACUUUUUUGAUAGCUCCAAGCAGGAGGCCAUUGAUGUUUUGUUAUUGGGAAAUACCCUAAAUAGUGAUUUAGCAGAUAAAGCACGGGCUCUCUUAACCACCAGCAGUUUACGCGCAUCUGUGAAAGUACUGAAGAGCAUGUGUGAGAAUUUCUAUAAGUACGCAAAACCGAAAAAAAUCCGAGUCUGCAUUGGGACAUGGAACGUCAAUGGGGGGAAGCAGUUUCGAAGUAUUGCCUUCAGAAAUCAAACCCUCACUGACUGGCUUCUGGAUGCACCAAAGUUAGCUGGGAUCCAUGAAUUCCAAGAUCGCAAAAACAAACCUGUGGACAUUUUUGCCAUUGGAUUUGAAGAAAUGGUGGAGUUAAAUGCAGGAAACAUCGUGAAUGCCAGCACCACGAAUCAGAAGCUCUGGGCUGCUGAGCUGCAGAAGACCAUCUCCAGAGAUUACAAGUACGUGCUGCUGGCUUCAGAGCAGCUGGUGGGCGUGUGCCUCUUCGUGUUCAUCAGGCCCCAGCACGCUCCCUUUAUCAGGGACGUUGCUGUCGAUACUGUCAAGACUGGCAUGGGAGGAGCCACUGGGAACAAAGGUGCCGUGGCCAUUCGGAUGCUGUUCCAUACCUCCAGCCUCUGCUUUGUGUGCAGUCAUUUUGCCGCAGGGCAGUCCCAAGUCAAGGAGAGAAAUGAAGACUUUGUAGAAAUAUCUCGCAAGCUUGGUUUUCCCAUGGGAAGGAUGCUCUUUUCCCAUGACUAUAUUUUUUGGUGUGGGGACUUCAAUUAUCGAAUAGAUUUGCCCAAUGAAGAGGUGAAGGAGCUAAUACGACAACAGAACUGGGAUCCCCUCAUAGCAGGAGACCAGCUUAUCAAUCAGAAAAACUCUGGACAGAUUUUUAGGGGAUUUCUGGAAGGGAAGAUCAAUUUUGCCCCUACAUACAAAUAUGAUCUGUUCUCUGAUGACUAUGACACCAGUGAAAAGUGCCGCACACCAGCGUGGACAGACCGGAUCCUCUGGAGGAGAAGGAAGUGGCCCUUUGACAGAUCAGCUGAAGACCUGGAUCUCCUGAAUGCAAGUUUUCACAGUGACACCAAUGUCCCUUAUACAUGGAAUCCUGGCACUUUGUUGCACUAUGGAAGAGCAGAGCUGAAAACAUCUGAUCACAGGCCCGUGGUUGCUCUGAUUGACAUUGACAUAUUUGAAAUUGAAGCAGAAGAGAGACAAAAAGUGUAUAAGGAGGUGAUUGCAAUGCAAGGACCGCCUGACGGUACUGUGAUGGUCUCCAUCAGAAGUUCUGCAGCAGAAGAAAACUAUUUUGAUGAUAACUUGAUUGAUGAUCUUCUUCAAAAAUUUGCAAGCUAUGGUGAAGUUGUACUUAUAAGGUUUGUGGAAGACAAGAUGUGGGUAACGUUUUUGGAAGGAAGCUCUGCUCUGAAUGUUAUGAAUUUGAAUGGUAUUGAGCUGCAAGGAAGGAUUAUAAAUAUCAACUUGAAAAAUCCAGAUUGGAUCAGAAGUUUGGAAGAUGAAAUGAAUCUAGAGAAGAUUAAUAUUGGGCUGCCUUCAUCCACAAGCUCCACUUUGCUUUGUGAAGAUGCUGAGGUUACUGCAGACUAUGAUAUGGAAGGAGACAUCGACGACUACAGUGCCGAAGUAGAAGAAAUCCUUCCUCAGCACCUGCAGCCAACGUCGGGCUCAGGGCUGGGCACCUCUCCGAGCUCUUCCCCACGUUCCAGCCCCUGCCAGUCCCCGACGCUGUCGGAUGGACCCGCGCUGCCAGCGAGGCCCAGCCAGGCUCCAGGAAAAGCCCCCGGGCCUCCUGCGUCCGCACCCGCCGAGUUCCAGACUGGUGGCCAGCAGAAGGAGCCUCCCCAGAGCCUGGAACCCAAGCGCCCGCCACCCCCUCGGCCCGUGGCUCCUCCUGCACGUCCUGCUCCUCCACAGCGGCCACCUCCACCCUCAGCACAAAAAAGCCCUGGAACACAAAGAAAAGAUACCUUAGUUCGUAAUCAGCCUCCACACUCAGCGGGUACAACCAGACCGACUGUUCCUCCUCGAGCUGGAGUUAUCAGUGCCCCACAAAGCCAUGUCCGUCCCUCGGGGCCAAGAGCAGCACCUGAAAGUCAGACCAAACCAGCUGAACCACCAAGGGGCUCGCCAUUGCUUCCUGAACCACUAAAGCCUCAGGCUGCUGCCCCUGCUCAGCCCAGCGCUCCUGUGCUAAGGAUGCAGGAGCCCCUGAUCCCCGUGGCAGCGCAUCCAUCUCAGGCCAGUGCCCCGCCAAGCCUGGAGCCCCCCCAGCCACCGCCUCGUAGCCGCUCAUCUCACAGUUUGCCUUCUGAUCCUGCUCCCUCCCAGCAGCAACUGAAUCCCAACGGGAUGUCCGGCGCUAAACCUGAACCCCAGCUCAGCAGUGACCCUUUUGAAGCCCUGUCAUUUCAGCUGCUCAUGUCCACCAUGCAGAUGUCUGUCCGAACAUCACCUGCUCCAACCUUAAACCAGAAGGAGUUGACACAGUUGCCUUCGUCAAGGCAAAUAAAUGCUGAUAAUUCGGAUGCCGUAAAUUGCAUGCCAGCAAUGCCUCCCGUUCCAGCCUUUCACUCAUCCCGGGAACAUCAGCACAGCUCUCCAAAUCCAUUUACUACUGGGCUGAACUGCUCAAAUCCCUUCACGGAAAGAACUCCUAGUGCUGGGAACCCAUUUAGGACGGAAAUGCGGGAGUCUGGGGUAACCUCACAGGUACAGGUAGAACCUGCUGCUUCCCACCCAUUCCCUCCUCUGCCCGCCCCCAGCUGUAGCACGAGCAAGCCUGCCUUUCCUCCGGGUGCAGCUGAAAGUACGUUUUGCUUGCGAAGUCAGUCUCUCAAGGUAGAAAACAUCCAGCCCAAAGGGUGGGUGACGUUUGACGAGGACGAAAACUUCAACACGAAGCUAAAGCCAUCUGCGAGCGUUCCGGAUUUUAAGCGACUCGGCUUCGGGAAGUCAGCUGGAUGCCCGGGUUUGCUGGGAGCUGAACAAAAGACUUUCCUCGGUUCAGACGUUAACUUUGAUGGUGACAGGAAUAAAAGUUCUACUAAUUGUUUCUGCACAAUGCCAGCAAGAAAACCACCUGCACCCCCUGUGCCGUCCAGAGCUACCAGCAGCAGGUCCCCUGCAGAUCCCUUUGUCUCCCCGGCACCCAAGGUGUCACCAACUCCUGAUUUUACAGAAAGAUAGAUGGGCAGAGAUACGAAGGGUUGUAUUUGUUGCUACAUUUAUCCAGUAGAAUAAUUGGGCAUUUGAGAUUAUUCUGUGUGCAAUAAUUAAUUGUUAAAUGCACUGAAACUUAACUCUGCUCAUAAACAGCCACUUCUGCUUGUGUAUAAAUUUUGAAUGUGUAUAUAUGGUAGAGCACAAAAAAUGGUCUGAAGUUUAUUCAAAUCUCGAUGUAAUAGUACUUGAGUAGACAAAAAGAGAAGAAGGGUGAGCUACUGUCUCACUAAAACCUGUCAAUCCUGGACACAGAUUUUGCUUAGGGAGCUCUUUCAUUUCUGUUCUCCUUUGUGGAAUUUGACGAGAAGAGGUUCCUUGCUGGUAGCCUCCCCCCUCCCUUUUGACUCUUUUGUUAGUUGAUAUUUAUAAGUAUUUACCAAAGAGCUGCCAAAGUUUAUUGAGAUUUGAAUGUUGAGAAGUAUUGUUUAGAAGCUGUUUAAUUUAUAACAGAGGCUAUGGGUAUUUGUAAGGCUUAUAUUUGAAUUUGAGGCACAACAAAAAUAGUUUACUUUCAAAAUGGAAACAAAACUUUGCGUAUUAAUAUAUUCAAUUAAUCUCCUGUGUCAGUACAUUUCAGUCACUAAAUGCUAUUGUGAUAUACACUCGCUAGCACUAAUUCAGAAUAAUUGUUCCAUAUCAUCCAUUUAUUCAUUGCUAUUUUAAUUAUACUUAUUUUUUUUUUUCCAAAAAAUUGGAAACAGCUGAUAUAGCAAGCUUUCCUUCAGCCUCUGGGAGAAAGUCCCCUUUGGCUUUUCAGAUGCAAAACAGUAUUUACCAGUUGCAGACUAAGUAGUCUGCCAACCAGGGGGCGAAACAAUGCACUUGGAUUGUAUUUAGAGUAGUGAAAUAUCCCAGGCCAGCAGGCUUUUUACAUCCUCACAUGCUCUCACAACCACGAUCCAUGAAAUAAUCCCUGUUCCUUCGGACAGCCCCUGGUGAGCCACGAGCUGCAGCCGCCUAGAGGAGUGAUAGUGAGUUUUCCAUUGCGCUUCUUCCCCUUCUGCUCCUUCCAGUUGUACGUGGGCAACAGCAGUGCUACUGCUUGUGCUUUGGUGUGUGAGUUACCUUGUUCUAUGCUGUUGCUGCAAACAUCUGUGUGGUUGGUGUUCUGGAGUAUUCUUACAUUAGCAAACCAAAUUCAUGGGGGAACUUUUGCUAGUGGGAGUCGCGUGAUAAAUAUGUUGUCAAAUAUUUAAUUGCAGUGAUUAAAAGAUACCUGUCUUAACUGUA